CUCUGUUGUUCCUAUAUUGUAAAUGCAGGUGAUAAAUCCAAGGUUAAUACAGUUAUUAUAUAUCAUACAGCUAGCUCUAAGUCUUAUUUGACAGCUGGUAAAAUCAAAACAUCUGUUGUGAGAGACAUUUUUCAUAGGCAGGUAUAGUUAACUUAUUUAAAUAUGAAUAUCAUUGUCAGUAUUUGCUAACAUAGUGUAAGACCUUAGUAGUAGGAAAGAGAAACUGUAUUUGUUUCAUGAUUCUCAGUCAGCAUCCCCUGCAAAUUCACAUUCAGAAAUAAUUAAGAUUUGGAAAGUAUUGAAGAAUGCAUUGUAUUGAAGUAUGCAGCCUUUUGGCCUCUUAAGAGUGCCCUCUACUGUUUAGAAAAAAGAAAGGAAAAUAACUGUGGUCUCAUGACACCCUGACAUGAAAAAAGUCUGGCAAUGACUGCACUACACUGGCCUUUUACUGGAGUAAAAGAGAAUAUAAAUUAAAGAGUGUGUUAGAAUUUAUGUAGCAUUUUGUACUAUAAUAAUAUAUAAAUAAUAUUAAUAUAAGUAUAAAAGAAAGAAAUGAAAUAGGUUUUGUGAAGUCAGGGAUAUGCAAUAACAGUAAUAAAUGUAAUCUUUUUUCACUGGCAAAAAAAUCUUCCCAGAUUUACUAGGCAUUGUUUAGGUUUAACACUUCUGAUAAUGUGUGUGUUGCAGUUAAUAUAUGAUCAUGUUUAAAAAGAAUGUAUGUGUCUUGUGUGUUAUAAAACCAUAGUAUCAAAUGAACACCAUGUGUAGUCAAGUAAAUGGAGUUAUGUUUGUUUGACCUCUCUUCAGAUCACUUUCUCACAUAUUAGAUCAUGAAAUAUCAGCUUAUCUUAGUGGUAUCAUAUCCAGUGCCAUUAGGUUUAAUUAAAUUGUAAUUUUUCAACCUUUCAGUCAAAAGGUUUCAUUUAUUUAUGCAUAAUGGGAAAAGGCAAUUGGUGCAUAACUUAUUAUAGGAUUACAUUUAAUAUACGAUUGCAUUUAAUAACAAAAACCAAAUAAUAAUUUUUUUUAAUUUAAAGUUUUUAAAAAGAUUAAUAAGGAGGAGAAGAAGAAGAAGAAGAAGAAGAGGAAGCAAGAAACAAACGUUAAAACAUUAUGCGUAAUCUUUGCGCAAUGAUGAUCUGAUGUAAAGUCAGAACGGAAGCCCCGCCCACUCUGAGCGACCAGUGGGCGUCCCAGAAUGCAGAGCGCGAGACAUGGACCAAAAUGUAGACAAUGACCUUCAAGGAACUGAUGGUUCAGGGGCUCUUGGAGGGCCUGACGUUCGCCGUCGGAUCCCCAUCAAGUUACUGUCCAAACAGACUGUCAGAAGCAAGCCUCCUGCCCGGCCCCAGCGGCCCACUGCCAGACUGCCCUCCAAUGGACAAAGUGAUGAAGAAACAUUUACCUGUAAGCAGGAAGAGAGGUUUGAGUGCAAGGCUGGAGAUGCUUUUGGGAAACAGCGGAGAUUCCCCCAUCCAUUAUUCUGGGACUUUAAGCUCAACCUGGUUGGAGAGAAAGAUGACACUCCAGUGCACUUCUGUGACAAAUGUGGCCUGCCCAUAAAGAUAUAUGGACGAAUGAUUCCCUGUAAACACGUGUUCUGCUAUGACUGUGCAGUUCUCUAUGAGAAGAAAAGUGAUAAGACCUGUCCAGGUUUGUCCCUGUAUAGCUGCACUGAGCCAGUCCAGCGCAUCGAGCAGUGCCAACGCGGAUCCCUCUACAUGUGCAGCAUUGUGCAGGGUUGCAAGCGCACCUACCUCUCUCAGCGGGACCUACAGGCCCAUAUCAACCACCGGCACAUGAGAGCAGGCAAACCGGGAGCCUCACGGGCCGAGCCUACUCACCCAACCCCAGCUCCGACUCCGACCUUGACAUCAGACCCACCAGACCGUUUCCGCCUGCCCCCGCCCCCUCACCUGCCCAAGUCCCAUCCCAUGAUCCCACCGCCUCUGCAGGGUCACGACCCCUAUGGCCAGCCACCCCCUGCAUCGCCCUCUCCCUCUGACCUAGGGCCCUCGUCCCGAGCCCUGCCACCGGAGACAUUCCGCAUAGCCACUGUGACCACGCGCAAACACAGCAACCUCAUCACUGUGCCCAUCCAGGAUGACUCGGGCAACUCCAUUCCCUCUCCACGUGAACCCCUCCCGCAGACUCCCCCAGGUCUGCCCCCUCAUCACCACCCAGGCCAGGCUGUGGUGUCCCACCCUCACCAUAUCAUGCCACCACCUCAGCAGCAACAUUAUGGGCCUCCACCUCCACCACCACCCCCACUCAGCCACCCCAUGCAGGCCGCAGGGGCUCCUCACAUGGUCUACAACCAGGCGCCUCCAAUGUCCACUGCACCACCUCCCAUCACCCCCCCACCCGGACAUAUCAUAAACCAGAUGCCCCCGUUCCUGAACCACCCACUGUCCGCUGCUCUCCCUCAGCAUGGCGCCCCACCUGUUAGUGCCCCACCACCUCAUCACUUUAACCCUAACUCUCUGCCCCAGGACCAGGGCACCCUGAGUCCGCCCUUCAACCAGCCGGGAGCCCUGAGCCCAGGCUUGUGGCCUGCACCACGUGUCCCUCACCCUCCUCGCAUGCAGGGGCCUCCACAGGGCCAGAUGCCUGGACCACACCACCCAGAACAGGCCCGAUAUAGACCAUACUACCAAUAGCGCCUGGCCAACAUCCAUUAUAUCAGACAGUUUGAACAUUAACAAAAUCAUCAAGAAUUGAAGUAAUUGAAGUUAACUGGUUGAACUGUGCAUACAGUCUGUGAUGAUGACAUGAUUCAUGUGAUGUUUUGUACUCUUGUUAGGUAUUUAAUGGUUUAACUGAUCUGGAAUCAAGUUUGUAGUUGUGGCUGAAAAAAUAGAAGCAAUGAAGCAGUGCAGUCAGAAGCCAUUUUUACAUCUUUGUUGAACACUUUUCAUAACACAUGACAACACUUUAAUCUUGUACCCAUUGACUGCAAUAAAUGACGCAAACAGAUGAAAUGCU